AUGUCUGUCUCUACGGAUGCCUUCAAGGGCGACGAAAAGGCGCCAGACACAGCUAGAGAUUGCGAACUCCAACCAAACUACUUCGUGGAUGACUCUCUCAAGCCCCAACACAGUAUCAUUGAGGGCGAGGUGGAAGACCUGGACGAAGCCACUCUAUAUCUAAGGGAACACAACAUCACCACAGAAUACACCGCGGAGCUUCUCGAAGACAAGAUCGCAAACAAGCGCGUAUCCAGGAAGGUCGACCUGCUACUGCUACCGCUGCUAUGUGGAACCUACUUUUUACAAUACAUCGACAAGCAAGCACUCAGUUACUCUGCAGUGUUUGAUCUUUUCGAAACGACCGGCAUCACCAGCGAGCAGUACUCCUGGCUAGGGUCAAUCUUCUACUUUGCCUACCUGGUAGCCGAAUGGCCAUCCGCGUACCUCGCGCAGCACUUCCCGGUCGGCCGAGUGGUAUCAGGCUACUGCUUCUGUUGGGGCUCGAUCAUGCUGCUCACGGUAGCUACGAAGAGCUUUGCGGGAUUCGCGGCGUUGAGAUUCCUUCUCGGCAUCUUCGAGUCCGUCGUCACGCCUGCCUUUAUGAUGAUCGUUAGCAUGUGGUAUCUUUCCAAGCAGCAGCCUGCCAGGGCAGGCAUAUUCUAUUGUUUCAACGGUGUGGGCAGUGCCACGGGAGGCAUUCUCUUCUACGGCGUGGGAUUCGCAAAGAGCUUUGUUAUCUGGAAGAUCAUCUACAUUAUUUGCGGGGGCAUGACUGUGCUCUGGUCUGUUCUGCUCUUCUUCAGACUCCCAAACAAUAUCAUGACAGCCAAGAGUUUUACGACCGAGGAAAAGGCCCUCCUCAUCGCCCGCGCUGCGAAGAACAGGACCGGCGUUUACAAUCGCAAGAUCAAGCUGCCGCAGGUUUGGGAAGCGAUGCAAGAUGCACAGAUUUGGAUCCUGUUUCUAUUCGUCUUGCUCAACGAGAUCAUCAAUGGCGGCAUGGCUAGCUUCGGCAAGCUAAUCAUCAAGAAUGUUGCUGGCGGGGAUCCCCUUCGCACUACCUUGUAUGGAAUCCCACAAGGCUUUGCCCAGGUGUUUUGGGUCUUCACAGGCCCCUUCCUUGCUUCCCGUCUUCCGAAUGCGCGCACGUACAUCAUGGCCCUCUAUCUCUGUCCUACCGUCAUCGGCACCACUCUGAUUUGGAAAUUGCCGAGAACGAACUUGGGUGGCAGUUUGGCGGGUUACUACAUGCUUGGUUCAUACGUAGGCUCGCUAGUUAUUGCGCUUCAACUGCCUGCCUCUAAUGUAGGUGGAUACACGAAGCGGACCACGGGUACAGCCGUAGUCUUCAUGGCAUACUGCAUUGGCAACAUCAUUGGGCCCCAUGCUUUCCUAGCAAGCGAAGCUCCGAUAUACGAGACGGGGGUGAGGACUAUACUGGGAUGCUCUGUCUCCCAGCUGGUGCUAGCGCUGGUCCUGAGAGCUGUGCUUGCACGGCGGAAUUCUCGACGUGAUCGCGAAGCGGAUGGAGGCCAGGACGCAGGCGAUGAUGUGCCGGGCAAUGAGAAUUACAUUGAAGACGUGACGGAUUUCCACAACAAGAAGUUUCGCUACAGUCUAUAG